UUCCGAAAUAUAUUCCCACCCCUCGCAUAACUUGAUUUCUGAGCCACGGUGGCGACGAUGGAGGCGUCUUCUUCUUCUCUGUGUCUGGUUCCGUCUUUGUGGACCGUUGGAUCAGGACCUCGUCGGAAGAACUCGACGGUUAGUUUUGUUUCUCGGGGAAGAAGCAACGGUUUGAUGAUAAGUAAACGACGGCUCAGAACGCCGUCAGCUCUAGGUGACCUCGCUGACACGGUGGCGGAGACAGGCAAAUCGGAGAUUACGUGGCAAAUCAUAGUUGGAGCUGUCGCUGGAGUCACACCUUUCGUUGUUGCAGGUGUUGAAUUCAGCAAAAGAAUAAUUGAACAGAAGAGAUGUGAAGAAUGUAGAGGAACAGGACUUGUAUUUAGAGACAAAAAGUAUUUCCGUUGUCCGGGAUGUGGUGGGUUUCUUCCAUGGCAGUCAUGGAGAAGAUUCUUUACGGGCUGAUGAUGAUGAUCUCUGCAUAUAUGAAAGCAAGUGGGGAUAGAGAAAGAGAUUCUAGAUUACAAUUAAAGAUUUGUAUAUUUUAACAACACGUUUUCUGGAAUUUUUUUUUUAUAAAUCAAACAAAUAUGUUUCGGGAUAACAUAAAAUCAUGACCAAUAUCUCCCUCUCCCUAUA